CCUAACCGACCUUAUAGCGUAUGCAAUGACGGGAGAUUGAAUCUUUUCCUGCCAAUAUAAAAGAAGAAAAAGGGAAGAAACAAUUUCAAAGAUACGAUUUUUUGCUUUGUUCUCUUGUUUAUGAGGCUAUGGCUCCAGCGCCUCUCCUUACUCCCUACAAAAUGGGAGCUUUCGAUCUUUCUCAUAGAGUAGUACUGGCGCCACUGACGAGGCAAAGGUCCUUUGGCAAUGUUCCUCAACCCCCUGCGAUCUUAUAUUACUCUCAAAGAACCUCCAAAGGCGGCCUUCUAAUAGCUGAAGCCACUGGAAUUUCCGACACGGCUCAGGGGUAUCCAUCCACACCUGGAAUCUGGUCCAAAGAGCAGGUGGAAGCAUGGAAACCUAUCGUAGAUGCAGUUCAUGAAAAGGGUGGCAUCUUUUUUUGUCAAAUUUGGCACGUCGGAAGGGUUUCAAAUUACGAUUUCCAGCCUAAUGGGCAAGCUCCAAUAUCGUCCACUGACAAACCAAUAAAACCUGUAGUCCGAGCUAAUGGUAUUGAUGUUUCAACUUUUUCUCCUCCUCGGCGUUUAGCAACAGAAGAAAUUGCAGAUGUUGUCAAUGAUUUCAGACUGGCUGCAAGGAAUGCCAUUGAGGCCGGCUUUGAUGGAGUUGAGAUCCAUGGAGCUCAUGGAUAUUUGAUUGAUCAGUUUCUAAAGGAUCAAGUCAAUGAUCGAAUUGAUAAGUAUGGAGGCAGCCUAGAGAAUCGCUGCCGCUUUGCGCUGGAAGUAGUAGAAGCUGUUGUUGAUGAGAUUGGAGCUGGCAAGGUUGGCAUAAGGCUAUCGCCAUUUGCCGCCUACUCCGAGGCCGGGGAUUCAAACCCAGAAGCACUUGGCCUCUACAUGGCCAAUUCACUUAACAAAUAUGGGAUUCUCUACUGUCAUAUGGUGGAGCCUAGGAUGAUUACAGUGGGAGAAAAGACAGAGACUCCGCAUUCUCUCCUUCCAAUGAGGAGAGCUUUCAAGGGAACAUUUAUAGUUGCGGGAGGAUAUGACAGAGAAGAUGGAAAUAGGGCCAUUGCUACUGGUUAUGCAGAUCUGGUUGCUUAUGGUCGAGUAUUCUUAGCUAAUCCUGAUCUUCCUCGACGGUUCAAGCUUGAUGCUCCUCUUAACAAUUAUAAUAGAGAAACUUUCUACAUUCCUGAUCCUGUCGUUGGAUAUACAGACUACCCAUUUCUUGAUUCCACAUCAUAAGUUGUUAAUUAUUACCAUUUCUGUUGGAAAGACCCAUAAAAUUACAGCUUUAAAGAUAUGAUCAUUAGUUGUUAAAUUAUUACUAUUCAUGUUGGAAAGACCCUUAAAAUUACAGCAUGGGUGUUUCCCAAUAAUUCUUGCAGUAUCCUGCAUGUUGCAUACUUUGAGGGUAUAAUACCCUAUGUACUUGUAUCUGUAUUGAUUAAGAAAUAUAGGCCUUAAUUUGUCCUUUGCUUUCUUA